GGGUCGCCAGGCGCGGGGACGGGGUGCUGGAGCCAGGGCACGGCAGCGGCCUCGCGGGACCCGGGCGGCGCGACCGGGCUGCAGGCCUCUACCAUGGAACCAGGCCGAAUAGAGAACCUGUCCGUGGUGUACCAGAGCCAGGACUUCCUUGUGGUGAACAAGCACUGGGACCUGCGGAUCGACAGUAGGAUGUGGCGGGAGACUCCCACCCUCCAGAAGCAGCUGCGCCACCACUUCCCAGAGUUAGCAGAUCCUGACACCUACUAUGGGUUCAGGUUCUGCCACCAGUUGGACUUCUCCACCAGCGGGGCACUCUGCGUGGCCUUGAACAAGGCGGCAGCGGGCAGCGCUUAUAAGUGCUUCAAGGAGCGGCGCGUCACCAAGGCCUAUCUGGCUCUGCAGGUGCGGGGACACGUGCAGGAGAGCCGGAUGACCAUCAACUACGCCAUCGGCAGGAACAGCACCGAGGGUCGGGCUCACACCAUGUGCAUCGAGGGCACUCAGGGCUGUGAGAACCCCAAACCAAGCCUUACAGAGCUGGUGGUCCUGGAGUAUGGGCUGUAUGCCGGCGAUCCUGUCUCCAAAGUGCUGCUGCAGCCCCUCACAGGCCGGACGCACCAGCUGCGUGUGCAUUGCAGUGCUCUCAGCCAUCCUGUCGUGGGCGACCUGACCUACGGGCAGGCAUUGGACCAAGAAGACCAGCCCUUCCGCAUGAUGCUGCAUGCCUUUUAUCUGCGUAUCCCCACUCACACUGAACGUGUGGAGGCCUGCACACCAGAUCCCUUCGUGCCGGCGCUUGAUGCCUGCUGGAGCCCCCAUACUCUGGUGCAGUCACUGGACCAGCUUGUCCAGGUCCUGAGGGCUGCUCCCGACCCUGAUCCCACAGAAGGGAGUCCUGGGCCUUGCAGCACUUCCACACCCCCCAACAAGCCCCCUGAGACAGAGGCACAGCGGGCCUCAUGCUUGCAGUGGCUGUCAGAGUGGACCCUAGAGCCUGACAACUGAGGGCAGCAGGCUGGGUGGGAAUGGCAGGCUGGGCCCACUAGGGGGAUGGGGGCUGCAGGGGACAGCCCUGGGCCCAUCCUGAGUCAGGGUGUCCUGUGCUUGGCCCCACUGUGGAUGGGGCCUGAGGCCCUGGCUCCAGCAGCCAGGCCUGGAGAGGGGCUGGCAGGGCCAGCAGGGGGAGCCAGGCUGCCGGGGAGUUUGGAGGAUGGGACCUCCCUCUGAGCACCCCGUUCCCCUGAGAGGGGAAACCAAGGCCUGCCUUCCUGGCUCCAAAGCUUCACUCCUAGGGGCUUGUUUUAUGGAUUUGCCCAGGGUCACUCUCUAAGGGACAGAGCCCACAGCGGGCCAGCCUCGAGUUAGGCUCCUGCAGGGCCCCCAGGCCUCAGAGCGCCCUGCUCCUCGUUGCUCUUCUUGGACCUUCUGUGUUGGUCAGCCUAUCCUGGCUGGGUCUUCUCCGCCUGCGGACCCUGACCCAUCCCGCCCACCCAGUGCUGCCUCGUGCCUUUGCUUUUACCAGAUUCUGCUCGUGGGCCUCCUCCUCCCCACCCACACGGCACAUGGGGGAGGGUCCGAGCCAUGUCCCUCGGUCUUCUCACAGUGCCUAGGCCACCACAGGUCCUCACACUUCAGCUGGGGAGCAAGAGUGGCCAGCCCCCAUCUCUUCCAUCCCGAUGACAUGAGCACGUCGGCCUAGUUGUAGCUGAGCUCCGGGGCCUCAGAAUAAAUACUCAGU